UUCAUCUCUCGUUCAUUCCAACUCGCGGGCUCCCGGCUUCCCCGCGCGCCACUCCUCGACCACCCGGACAGCUGGCGACCCUUGUGGGUCCCGCCCCUCUCUGCUUGCCCCAGCGCCUGCGCUUGCCGGUCUGUCUAUUCGUCAGUUUGUUCUCUGGUCAGUCAGUCUGAUCCCCACUCGGGUCCCUCUUGCCUGAGGAGCCGGUAACGUGCCGGGACGGGACGGGGUUAGGGACGGCACUGGGCUGGGAGACACCGACUGAGGAGAGGCUCCCCGGGAGGGGGCGGUGUCGGGACUGAGGCUCCGGGUCCCCACCCGACGGCGACGGCGGCAGUUCGGACGCUCGAUACUUGUAUUUAAAGUCCACUAAUUGAAUUUUAUUGAGAAGAAUCCUGGCUGUCACACUACAAGUUUCAGACUGUGGUUUGUAAAGGAGAUUAAUUGAAAGGAAUGGAACUGGCUCACAGCUUAUUGCUGAAUGAAGAAGCAUAUAAUCAACUUGGAGAAGUUCAGAAGGCAGAAUUUGUUUUUGAAUGGUUGAAAUUUUUAGAGAAACUUUUGCUAGCAACCAACAAGGCUGACAUAAAGGAGAAACAGAAGAGUAUUGUUGAGCAGCUCAUAUCUCUAUUAAAUAGCUCUCCAGGGCCACCUACCCGAAAGCUUCUUGCUGAGAACCUAGCUGUUCUUUAUAGUAUUGGAGAUACAUUUUCUGUUUAUCAAACAAUUGACAAAUGUAAUGAACUCAUUCGUAGCAAAGAUGACUCUCCAAGUUAUCUUCCCACAAAACUUGCUGCUGUGGUAUGUCUGGGUUCUUUGUACAAGAAGUUGGGGAGACUAUUGGGUAACACCUUUAUAGAUACAGUGGGGAAUAUACUUAAAGCUAUGAAGAGUGCAGAGUCUCAAGGUCGCUAUGAGAUUAUGCUGAGUUUGCAAAAUAUACUGAAUGGACUCGGAGCUGCUGCUGCCCCUUGUCACAGAGAUAUUUAUAAAGCUGCAAGGUCAUGUUUGACAGACAGGUCCAUGGCAGUUCGCUGUGCUGCUGCAAAGUGUCUCCUUGAACUUCAGAAUGAAGCUAGCUUUAUGUGGAGUACAGACAUGGACAGUGUUGCAACUUUGUGUUUUAAGUCAUUUGAAGGUUCCAACUAUGAUGUGCGAAUAGCAGUAUCAAAGCUCUUAGGUACAGUGUUGGCUAGAGCUGUAAUAUCCAAACCUGGAACAGCAACUUCCCGGCAAAACAUUCGCAAAGUUUCUCUGGAGGAAGCCAUGGAGUUACUAGGAACAGGGUUUCUACGCGGGAGUUCAGGAUUUCUUCGAGCCAGUGGAGAUAUGUUGAAAGGAACCAGUUCAGUCAGUAGGGAUGUUCGAGUUGGUGUUACUCAGGCAUAUGUGGUAUUUAUUUCAACACUAGGAGGACGUUGGUUAGAAAGAAAUUUUUCCACCUUACUCUCUCAUAUCCUUAGCCUAGUGUCACAGUCUCACCCUAAAGCAAUCCAAACUCAGAUGGAUGCUAUCUGUUGUCGUCGCUGUGUUUCAUUUAUCCUUCGAACUACUAUAGGAAGCCUUCUUGGGGAAAAAGCUCAAAUUGCUGCUGCCAAGGAUAUUUGUCAGGUCAUCUGGAAACUAAAGAAAACUAUUGAUGCUGUAAUGAGUGAAGGUAAUUUGGAAACUCGACCUGGCUCCACAGAUGUUGCUGCCAGCCAGCAUGUGCUAGUGUGUGCUUUACAAGAACUUGGAAAUCUAAUAUAUGGUCUUGGCACAACAGCUGCACCUUUAUUACAGGAUUCAAGUGCAGGUAUUCUUGACAAUGUCAUUUCAGUUAUUGUUCAUCCUAGCAUUUCAGUUCGAUUAGCAGCAGCUUGGUGUUUACACUGCAUUGCUGUAGCAUUGCCUUCCUACCUAACUCCACUUUUGGACCGUUGCCUUGAACGACUUACUGUGCUCAAAUCCUCACCCGAAGCUGUGACUGGCUUUAGUUUUGCUGUGGCAACUCUACUGGGAGCAGUGAAAUAUUGCCCUUUAGGAAUUCCACAUGGAAAAGGAAAGAUAAUUGUGAUGUUAGCAGAGGAUUUGUUAUGUUCUGCUGCUCAGAAUAGUCGCCUUUCACUUCAACGAACACAAGCUGGCUGGUUGCUGAUAGCUGCCUUAAUGACAUUAGGCUCUGCAUUUGUUCAUCACCACCUUCCCCGGGUGCUAAGAUUAUGGAAAUGUGUCUUUCCACUAUCUCCUAAGGAUCUAGAAACAGAAAGGAGUAGAGGAGACUCAUUUACGUGGCAGGUGACCUUGGAAGGUCGUGCAGGUGCCUUCUGUGCUAUCAAGAGCUUUGUUUCCCAUUGUAAUGAUCUUCUUACUGAUGAAGUCAUUCAGAGACUUCUUCCUCCCCUUCCAUGUGCUGUUGAUUUAUUAACUCAACUUUCUUCAAUACAGAAAACAUAUGGAAGUCCUUUAAAAACUCCUUCAGUGAUUUACAAACAAAGACUUUAUGAACUAUUGGCUUUAUUACCUCCUGAGAUCUAUGCAGGAAGCCUCUGUGUUAUCCUCAAAGAGCUGGCUGCUGACCUGACUUCUUCCGAUACCCAGAUGGCAGCAUCCACUUUCUUACUUCCACCCCUCUGUCACCAAGAUGAUCUUUUAUUACUAAGUCCUUUGCUACAAGACACUGACCACAGAUUUAUUGAAGAACAGCUCCUCCUUGGUAAUGGUGUUGCUUGUGGAAGUCUAGAGUAUGACCCAUUUUCAGUUUAUGAACAUGGCAUAGAAGGAGAUUCAGUACCUAAGCCCCUACCUCCAAUGUUUUCACUUAUCAGCUCUGCAGCCAGGCUUUUUGGAAUUGUGUGUGCCCAUGUAGCAGAAUCUCAAAGGCUCUUGGUAUUGGAACAACUUUUGGACAAUAUAAAACACACAAAAGCAUCUCGUCAGCAAGUAGUACAAUUACAUGUUAUGGCAGCAUUUUCUAAUUUUUUGAAGUAUGUGGCCAACUCCAAAGGAAAUUUAGGCUCAGAAGAAAUUAGAAGACCUGCACUAACAUUAUUGAUGGGAGCCUUGGAAAGUACCAACCCCUUAAUGCGUUGUACUGCUGCAGAAGGUUUGGCUAGAUUAGCCCAAGUGAUUGGUGAUGGCUCCUUCACUGCUGGAUUAGCACAGGUUAGCUUUGAAAAACUGAAAUCAGCUAGGGAUGUGGUAACCAGAACAGGACAUUCUUUGGCUCUGGGAUCCUUACAUAGAUAUUUAGGAGGAGUGGGCUCUUCUCAGCACUUAAAUGCUUGCAUCGGAAUCCUCUACACUCUGUCACAGGAUGGAACUUCUCCUGAUGUACGGACAUGGGCCCUACAUUCUCUCUCAUUGAUAAUUGAUUCUGCUGGCCCACUGUACCAUUUACAUGUGGAAUCUACCCUCUCUCUUAUACUAAUGUUGUUGUUGACUGUUCCACCUACUCAUGCUGAAGUUCACCAAAGUCUUGGACGAUGUUUGAAUGCACUCAUCACCACAUUGGGUCCAGAACUACAAGGUAGCAGUACUGCAAUUUCUACUUUACGGACAUCCUGUCUUUUGGGAUGUGCAAUAAUGCAGGAUAACCCAGAUUGCCUUGUUCAAGCUCAAGCCAUCUCUUGUCUUCAACAACUUCAUAUGUUUGCCCCACGCUAUGUCAAUUUAUCUAGUCUAGUCAGCUGUCUUUGUGUGAAUCUCUGUAGCUCCUACUUGUUUCUGAGAAGAGCAGUACUAGCUUGUUUACGUCAAAUUGUGCAAAGGGAAGCAGCUGAGGUUUCAGAACAUGCUGUUGUUCUUGCUAAGGACAGCAGAGAAGACUUAAUUCCAGAUGCUAAUAUCCGGGAAGUAGGUCUUGAGGGGGCAUUGUUGAAUUUACUAGACAAAGAAUCUGAUCAGAGAUUGUGCCAGGAUAUCAAAGAAACCCUGAAUCAUAUGAUCACAUCAAUGGCAGUGGGAAAGCUUUCUUUUUGGCUAAAACUUUGUAAAGAUGUCCUUGCUUCAUCAGCUGAUUUUACAACUGUUGCCUCUGUGGAUACAACUCAGGAUGAUGAAAUAGAUAAAGAAGAUGAUGCUUCAGUCCUAACCUGCAGAAAUGAUGAGAAAUGCCGGCCAAUUACAAAUCCACGAUGGGCUACUAGAGUUUUUGCUGCUGAAUGUGUGUGUAAAAUAAUCAGCCAGUGUGAGAAUUCAGACAGUGCUCACUUUGAUAUUGCUUUGGCUCAGGAAAUGAAAGAAAGGGAUUCACGAAAUGAUUUUUUGGUAUUACAUCUUGCUGACUUGAUCCGCAUGGCUUUUAUGGCUGCAACAGACCACAGUGAUCAGCUCCGUCUUUCUGGUCUUCAGACACUAUUAGUAGUUGUUCGGCAAUUUGCAACUAUUCCUGAACCAGAAUUCCCAGGUCAUGUGAUUCUGGAACAGUAUCAAGCCAAUGUGGGAGCAGCACUUAGACCAGCUUUUACUUCAGAUACACCACCAGAUGUAACUGCCAAAGCAUGUCAGGUUUGCAGUGCCUGGAUAGCAAGUGGAGUUGUAAGUGAUCUUAAUGAUCUCCGAAGAGUUCAUCAAUUGCUUGUAUCAUCCUUGACGAAAAUACAGGCUGGAAAAGAAGCCUUGAGUCAGUUAUAUAAUGAAAGUGCUUCCACAAUGGAAAUCCUAGCUGUUCUCAAAGCUUGGGCUGAGGUUUACAUAAUUGCUGUAGAGAGACAGAAAAAACAAACUGAGAAACAGAAACAGACUAUGAAAAUUGUUGGCUCUAUGGAGGAAAAUGCCAGAGAUGUGUCAUCUUCCAUGGAUGGACUUCUAGACUUAGUCCAAACAGAUCUUGGAACAUUAAGCAAACUCUGGCUUGCUGCUCUUCAAGAUUUUGCUCUCCUAACUUUGCCUUCAGAAUUUGCUUCCCAACUUCCUCUUGAAGGUGGAGCUUUCUACACUGCAGAAACUAGUGAAAAUGCAAAGCCACACUAUCAUAAUUCGUGGGCUCUUAUUCUUCAUGCUACAGCAUUGUGGCUCACUAGCACAGGCUUCAUUGUAGCUGACCCAGAUGAAGGAGCAACUAAUCUCUCAAGACCUGUAACACCAACUACAAUGUGUCAGAGUUCUUCUGGGGCAUCAGUGAAAUCCCCUGAGGAUGUUUAUACAGACAGAUUUCACCUUAUCUUGGGAAUCAGUGUGGAAUUUCUCUGUUCCCUGCGUUCAGAUGCAACCAUGGAAAGCAUCACUGCUUGUUUACAUGCACUGCAGGCUUUACUGGAUGUUCCUUGGCCCAGAUCUAAGAUUGGCAGUGACCAGGACUUAGGAGUUGAGUUGUUGAAUGUACUCCAUCGAGUAAUACUGACUAGAGAGUCACCUUCCAUUCAGUUAGCUUCACUUGAAGUUGUAAGACAGAUUAUCUACGCAGCCCAAGAACAUAUAAAAGAAAAGAGGAGAAGUGCAGAAGUUGAUGAUGGAGCUGCUGAAAAGGAAACCCUACCAGAAUUUGGAGAAGGAAAGGAUACAGGAGGACUGGUACCUGGAAGAUCUCUGGUGUUUGCAACAUUAGAGCUAUGUGUAUGCAUUUUGGUCCGGCAACUUCCAGAGUUAAAUCCUAAACUCACCGGUAGUCCAGGAGUAAAAACUACAAAAGCACAGAUUCUGUCAGAUGAUGGAAAUAAGUUGGUUUCAGCAGCAUUAGCUAUCCUCUCAGAACUUCCUGGAGUAUGCUCUCCCGAAGGAAGCAUUUCAGUUCUCCCUACUAUUCUGUACCUUAUAAUUGGGGUCCUCCGAGAAACUGCUGUGAGGUUACCUGGAGGCCAAUUGUCUUAUACUGUUGGAGCUGCUCUACAAGCCUUGAAAGGAAUAUUGGCGUCUCCUUUGGCUCGAGCAGAGAAGAGUCACACUGCUUGGACUGACCUUCUUCGAAGUGCUUUAACAACAAUCCUAGACUGCUGGGAUCCAGUAGAUGGAACACAGCAAGAGUUUGAUGAAAUCAGCCUGCUUACUGCCAUAACAGUAUUUAUCUUGUCUACAAGCCCAGAAGUGACCACCAUCCAGUGCCUGCAGGAACGUUGUAUACAGAAGUUUAAAGCUACUCUUGAGUUAAAAGACCCAGUAGUACAAAUAAAGUGCUAUCAACUACUGCUUUCCAUUUUCCAGUAUCCAAACCCAGCAGUAUCCUACCCUUAUAUUCAUUCAUUAGCAUCAUCUAUUGUGAGAAAACUGCAAGAGACAGAUAAAGUAAAACCUGAAGAUGCUGCUGAGCUUCAGGUGAUUCAAGAAGGUAUCAAGGUCUUAGAAGCCCUAGUGGCAAUUGCAGAAGAACAGCAUCGUGCUCACUUGGUGGCCGGCAUUCUCCCUAUUCUUAUUUCCUUUCUUUUGGAUGAAAACACUCUGAGCUCAGCACCCACCACAAUGAGAAAUUUACAUGACUUUGCUUUGCAGAAUCUGAUGCAGAUUGGUCCCCAGUAUUCAUCAAUUUUUAAAAAUAUUAUGGCUUCUUCUCCCACAAUGAAAGCCCGUCUUGAGGCAGCUAUAAAAGGCAAUCAGGAAAAUAUCAAAAUCAAGACAACCCCUAAACAUAUCACGAAACCUGGAAAAAAUUCAAGUAUUCAGUUGAAGACCAAUUUUUUUUGAUGUCAUCUUGAAUUGCAAGCAUCCUAAUCAUAUACUUAAUAGAGAGUUGGUGCCUUUUCAUUUCCAUUUGAGGAUUAGAGGAAGGUUUUAGGCACAAAUACCUUUGGAAGUCUGAUUUAUUCUUUAAAAAAUUUGAUGAAGGACAAUUUUGUUUUACAUGACAUUAACCUUUCCAUUCAAGAUAGCUCUAAAAAAAUGAAAGAUGGAUCUUGAAUUUUAAUUAAUAAGAAUGUACAGAAGCCCUGACAGAAUCAUUUUUAAGAAUUUCAAGAAAUCAUGAAUUUAAAUUUAUUCAGAAUCUAUGACUAUUUUUUUUAGAAAAUGAAAUAUAUGUCUUCUGACAAUCCAAGUACAUGUGAUAUAUUUAAUGCCAUAAUAGAUAUAGAUUUAACUGUAGUUCAAAUAUCUACAGUCUACAAUUUAUCACAAAGGCUAAUCUUAAGUCCUGCCCCAUUAAGUAAAUAAAUUAAAUGUUACUGGAUUCCUUGAACAAGAUAAAUUAUUGUAAAGCUACUUAAACCUGAUAAUUAAGGUAAUAUUGAUAGCUUUAAUUAAAUUAUAAUAAAGUCUAAAAUUAUCCAGUCUAUUUAAAUAUACAAAUUCAUUGUGGCUCUGCAGCAGUGUGACUUAAAGUUUGGUGUCUAAAAAAGUGACGUCUUUUUUCAGAAUGUGGUUUUGUUUUUGUUUUAUAUUAAUCAGUUCAAAUUAUCAGGUAUGUCAUUUAAAUGAGUUUGUUUACUCUAAUUCUAAUUUGCUUCAUUUUAGUAUGUUGCAUAUAUUCAAAUUAAUAAGUUUGACAUGCAUGUAAAUUCAUAUCCAUCGAUGGGGAGCAACAGUGGGUUUAAUGAUGACUUUCACAUCUUAAAAAGAGUAUAAAUAAAUUUUUAAUAAGGAACAUAUUUUGUUAUAGGAAGACACAUAAUGACAUUAAGAGCAGAUUGGCUACUCUUAAGUAUUUUCUAACUAUUGGUGGUCCUCACUUUUCCCCUUCCAUGCCAGUAUUAUGCAUAAACCAAGCACUGUGUCAAAAUAAGCACAGCAUUUCUUUGCUAACAACUAAAAACUGAAGUGAUAGAGGUACCUUCAGAAUUGGGAAAACACACUGGGGCUCAGAAUGUGAUGUACUGUAUUUUUAUUAUUUUAAGUUUUGUAUAUAUUUACUAUUGUAAAUUGUACAGAAGUAAACAUUUGAUCAAAAUUCUAACUGAAACCAAUUUUUCUAAUUCACAUAAAUAAAGCUAAUUUUUUCAUUAUA